AAUAAGACCGGACCGCAACAUAAUAGGCGCGUGUGCAGAAGAGUCUCUGGAAGCAACUAACUGUUGUUCCGACCGAAGGGUUUGCGAGAUAUUUUGGUGACUCAACCUUUCUGGGUCCAACAAGGACAGGCACACCGGCAAGCCUUUCAUUUUGCAAUAUGGCUUUUGGACUCCUUGGAGCGGCCCUGGCGCCGGGCCUGGCGGAGCCGGGCUCUGCUCUGGGACUCUGGGACUUUUCGGUAGCGGGCUGGGUUGCACUUCUGCUGCUACUGCUGCGACGUGUCUACGACAUCACGUUCACGCCCUGGCUAGCCCGCCGGCUGCUCGCUCGACCCGCCGAUGGCACGAUUCUCGGCGCGGAAGCUGUCGAGCCCGCUUGCGACGUCGCGCCUUCGCCGGCGGGGCCCGUCGCGCGCACCUGGGACAGCGCAUCGGAGCGGGAUGAGGAGGAGAAGGCAGAGGACGUGCCGACGGCGGUCCCCGCUGGGGGCGCGCGGCUGCGGCGGAUGGUGCCGCGCGGCGAUGAGGUCAUGGCCGCUUCGUCUCCCGGCGGGAAACCGGCAACAGCCGCUGCCACUUCGUCGACACCGGCUCCUGCCGCCGCGUCUGUGGACACUGAGACUGCGGAGGCGGUGCACAAGCGGGCGGCGGCCACGGCCGACAGCAUGUGGAUUGCGGCGCUCAACCUGGCGCUGGUGCUGGGCGCGUGGUGGGUGAUUGCGACGCACAACGGCGGCUGCACGCCGUGGAGCACGUGGGACUGCUUUGGCCACUGGCCCAACCACCCCGUGAUGAUGAGUCAGCGCUGGUACAUCGUCCUCUCCUUCGCCUACUACCUGUACGAGCUGGCAGGCACCGUUCUCGGCUGCGGCACCAAGCUCAAAAACGACAUGGUCGCACACCACAUCGUCACCAUGGCACUGCUCGUUCUGGGGUACGUCACCAACAUCAUCCGCAUGCAGGUGACGUGGCAGGCGCUGUUCGACAUCUCCAACCCCAUCCUGCACACCGCCAAGGCGCUCAACGCCAGCGGCGUCAAGGCGGUUGCGCGGCUCAAAUGGGGCGUGUUUAUCCUGUUUGCGCUCAGCUUCCUGGUGUGCCGCGUGCUGGCUGGGCCCUACUCCAUCAUUUGGCCCAGCUUCACCGUGGCGCCGCAGUGGCUGCCGCCAUCACUGUGUUACCCCUGCUGGGCGCUCAUGAUUUUCGUGUACAUUCUGCAGCUGAUAUGGUUCUACAAGAUUGUGGAGAUUGCGGUCAAGGGGGACAAGGCUGUGCGAAAGCACACGGCGGUGGCUAAGCGUUAACUGUUCCGUUCUUUGCAGUUGUGUGGGCCUGUCGACUCAUGGCUGUGAGAUGUAGCAGAGCCCUCAAGUUGCUGCUGUGUACCGCGUACCGCAAUUGUUGCGGCGGUUGCAGCGCUAGGCUAGGCUCAGAGCAGAAGGUGGCGACUGCGCCAUCGGGUGCACUUGGGUGUUAGUGCUCCUCUGGGUCGUACGAGUGCCCGGUGGCGAGCGGAUGAGAAGUAGUGCGAUAGUUGAAAUUGCUUGACAUUGAGCUGAACGGUGAGGAAGGCAGAGAGAGCAUUAUACAUAUGGUAGCAAUGUAGCAUAGCGCCUUCGUGCCAUGGCCAGGAACCCAAGGGGUGGAGUGCCGAGUGGUGCACGCGCACGGCGGAACACAAUCCGCGAGAGAAUGACUGACGCAGGCGUGGUGUGGGGCUGUGGCUAAAUCGUAGCUCAAGGGUGCAGAGCGGCAUGAGCGAGAGGACAAGCCGAAGAACGAGCUUUGGCUGUGGUCACGGGCGGCCUGUGAAGCGAGGCGACGACACGGGAUGUAGAGCGAACAGAUUGCUGUUGAGAGCAGGGGCGUUGAGAGCGCCAGUGUGCACGUGUUAUAUGGCGAGUGCUAGCUGACUGUGCUGAGGGUGCUGACAGGGCCAGAGAGCCUGCUGGCAGUGUGUGUGCUGCAUGAGUGCACA